GGGGGAUAACUUUUCACAAAAAUGGAGUUUCUGGAAACAACAGUCGCAGAUUAUAAAGAGGAACGAUGUCGUUUAAAGGACGAACUGCGACACAACGAAACACAAGACGCUGUUUUCAACCCAGAAGUUCUGCUUCACAGAUUAGAUGUUCAACAGAUGGUGCUGGUUAAAGAAGAAGCUCCUGGAGUAUGGAUGCUUGGUGUGAACCAACAGGAUCCAGAUACCAUCAACAUAAAGGAGGAAGAGGAGGAACUGUGGACCAGUCAAAAGGGAGAGGAGUUAUGUGUGAAAAAGGAGACUGAUGACACCGGGUUUGCAUUCACUGCUGCUCCUUUGAAGAGUGAGGAAGAUGAAGAGAAACCUCUGUUUUUACAGCUUCAUCAGCACCAAGUAAAGGAGGAAGAUCUUGCAACCAGCAGCUCAGUUGAUCAGAUAAAAGCAGCAACUGGUGGAGAGGACUGUGGAGGAGCAGAGACUACCAGGAAACCAGAUCUAAAUACUUAUGCAGAUGAAUGCAGCUCUUCAGAGACUGAAGUCAGUGAGGAUGAUGAUGACGAUGAUAAUGUAAAUGACUCUGACUCUCAGCUAAAAGACUUAUCAGACUAUGAAUCAGAACCAGAAGAUGGUGACAAAGACUGGAAGGAGAGCCGAGCUCCUGAGUCAGGUGUACACUCUGUCAAGAAGUCUUGCAGCUUCAUUGAGUAUGGGAAACAAUUUCACAAGACAAGUCAGUCAGUGAUGUCUUCAAGUUGUUUGGAUACCAAGGAAUGUUUUGAAGUGAAGAAACCUGGAGGCUCAAUCAAGAAAAAAUAUUCAAGACAGAACUCAUUUAGUUGUGAAGACUGUGGAAAAAAAUUUAACAGAAAAGGUAAUCUAAACAUACACAUGAUAGUUCACACAGGACAGAAACCAUUUGCUUGUGAUCUUUGUGGACAAAGGUUUGGACAUAAGUCACAUUUAAACACACACAUGAUAGUCCACACAGGACAGAAAGCAUUUGCUUGUGAUCUUUGUGGACAAAGGUUUAGACAUAAGUCACAUUUAAACACACACAUGCUAGUCCACACAGGACAGAAAGCAUUUGCUUGUGAUGUUUGUGGACACAGGUUUGGACAGAAGUCGAAUUUAAACAGACACAUGAUUGUCCAUACAGGACAGAAACCAUUUGCUUGUGAUAUUUGUGGACAACGGUUUACCUCUAAAUCAUAUUUAAACACACACAUGAUAGCACACACAGGACAGAAACCAUUUGCUUGUGAUCUGUGUGGACAAAGGUUUGGACAGAAGCCACAUUUAAACACACACAUGAUAGUCCACACAGGA